AUGUCACGUCACAACUAUUAUGUGAAAGUGCUGAUUGCAGUUGGCUUGUUUUUGGCAGGUCAAACUCUGAUGUCAUGGAGAAGUUUAAUGCAGUUGGGCGAGGACAAGAUGAGUUUAGAAGCGGAAACCCAGAUGUUAGAAAGGAAACGAGAUAACCUGAUCGCAAAGAUCCAUGAAUUAGAACGGAGCAAGCACAGGUUGGCUCUGCAGGAAGACAAAUUGGAUUUACAGUAAGGAUUAUAUUGUUGAUUAUUUCUUUACGUUUAGGGUUCGUGACUUGCUACCAUUAAAUAAGGAAAGGCUACACCUUCCUUUCAUCUUCUUCAUUACACCAACGAAGAAAAGACCUGCACAAAAAGCAGAUCUUGUCAGACUUCUGCAGACCCUAUCUUACGUCCCAAAUCUAAUAUGGAUAAUUGUCGAAGACUCGGAAAGUCAAUCGGCCUCUUUAGACGACUUGGUUAAAACAAGUAAAGUCAAAGUUAUCCAUUUGAAUGCUGAAACUCCUGAAAAUAUGCGAAUGACGGAUAAAGAUCCUAAUUGGAAGAAACCUCGAGGCGUAAUCCAAAGAAAUACUGCUUUGGAAUGGAUAAGGUGAGUGUGCUUUAGUAUAUCAUCGUCGUUUAGAACCAACUAUAUGAGUUUGAAAAAGGGAAUAGUUUAUUUCGGUGACGAUGACAACGUUUACAGCUGGGAGUUAUUUGAUGAGAUGAGAAAGAUAAAGAAGGUCGGCAUUUGGCCAGUAGGCCUUGUUGGUGGACAACUGGUGGAGACGGCGGUUGUACAGGAUGGAAAGGUAUUGGCCUUCAAUGCUAGUUGGAAAAACAGUCGGCCUUUUCCCAUCGACAUGGCCGGGUUUGCCAUAAAUAUUACUCUUCUUCAUGACUUUCCCAAAGCCGAGUUUUCGUUUGAGGUUCCAAGAGGCUAUCAGGUAGUAAACGGUUUUGUUCUGUAGCUAAUUUUUCAGGAAUCCCACUUUCUUAGUGGUCUGAAUUUAACUCGGUCCUCACUGGAACCUCUGGCAGAUUACUGUACGCGAGUAUUGGUGUGGCAUACAAGAACCGAGAAAACGAAGCUGCAGAAAACGGAUUAUAUUAGAUUUGGAAACAAAAAACUGACUGAUCUUGAGAAGUCUGCAGUUAUAUAA